AUGUGUCCUGGUCAGUCCACCGACUCACUCCGCCCUCUGACCGAAGUCCGUUCACUCACGAACACCCCAGACCACCUCCAACCCAGCUCCUCCAGCUCCAGGCCCAGUGCCAGACCAGCCUCAGGUAACAAUGUUUUGGCCAAUGCACCAAGCAUUGUUAUGGGACAGAGACAGCUUGGUAACGGCAACAUAUUUACCGACACUGACAGCCAGCCUGUCAGCCCCAGCCGAAUGGUUGUUGAAUUGACUGACUCCCCCGUUUCCUCUGCGCAAGAAUUGCCCCCCGCUACCCUGCCACUGCCUCCCGUUGAUGGGAUCCUUCUCAGCAGUGGCACUUGCACCAAUGACAAAAUUUUGGUCAUUGCCUGUGGGAACUGCGCAGCCCACAAUGUGGUGGAGACGGUGAAGGACUAA